AUGACCUUACCAAGUGGUGAUUCUUCUAUAACUAAUAAUACUAACCAAACAUUAAAUGAAGAUGAAAAGCGAAGGUUAAGAAGGGAAAAGCUUGCUGCUUUAAGGCAAAAGAAACUAGCAGAGGCACAAAAUGGAGAAGGAAAUAAAAGGCAGGAAGGAAAUGGAAAUGGAACUGGUCAAGGGACCGGGAAUGUAGCUGCAGAUUUGACUACCAAAAGAAAUGAAAAGCAGAAAGUGGAAAAUUCAUUUGCAAAACUGAACUCAACUUCUAUAGACCACUCAUCAACUGAGACACAAGCUACUUCGCUAGAAGAGAAGCAACGCUUAUUACUAAAAAGACAGGGACAGAGAAUCGAGGAUUGGAAGAAAAACAGAUCAGCAGAUACAGCUUCUCAUUUUCCACAGCGUGCAAAAGAGAAUUUGUCUCAUACACGAAUUGCUAUUACAAAAAAGUCUACCUUCAAGUUACCCAAGAUUAAAAGAAAUAAUAAUAAACGAGUUUUUGGUUUCGUGAACGAAGACAAAGAAGGAGGAGGAGGAAAGGAGGAAGAAGAUGAAGAGGAAGAAUUUACGAAAAAAAAGAUUUUGAAAAUUGCAAAUGAUGAUGCAAGAGAUUAUUUAAACUAUGGUGAAAAAUUCCGCAAGCCAGUACUGGAAGAAGCGGAGGAUGAUCUUGAUCAAUUUAUCGAAUCCAUCAGCAAGUCAGAAAGUUUUGUAGAUAACAACAACGGUGGCAAACAAGUACAGGAACAAAACGUUGAAGAAGAGAAGCAGCAGCAGCAGCAGCAGCAACUAGAACAAGAACAAGAACAGGAACAGGAACAACUAGAAAAACUUCCACGAUACCUAGCGGUAAAUAAUAAUAACAAUGAAGAUACUGAUGAAGUUUAUAGAUAUGAGGAAGAUUUUGAUGACGAAUUUGAUGAGGAUGAUGAGGACGAUAUUAACAAAAGGUUGAGUGCAAAACUCAAUAAGUUGCAAAACACUGCAAAGGAACUUAAAGAGAUUGAUCACACAUCCAUCGAGUAUCCAAAAUUUAGAAAACAUUUCUACCAAGUACCCUUUGAGAUGAGCACCAUGGACAAUAGAGAACUUGACAUGCUACGAUUAGAACUUGAUAAUGUGCGUGCACGAGGUAAAAAUGUGCCACCACCAUUUUUGACCUGGGGCCAACUAUUAAUGCCAGAAAGUGUUAUGUCAGUAAUCCAGAAUGACUUGGGGUUUGCCAAACCAUCGCCAAUACAAUGUCAAGCAAUUCCGAUUGUACUAUCGGGAAGAGAUAUGAUUGGCGUAGCAAAAACCGGUUCUGGUAAGACUUUGUCAUAUGUCUUACCAAUGGUACGCCAUAUUCAGGACCAACUGUUUCCUAAACCUGGCGAGGGUCCUAUUGGAUUAGUCUUGAGCCCUACAAGAGAAUUGGCGCUUCAGAUUGAAAAAGAGAUUUUGAAGUUUAGCUCUACGAUGGAUCUAAAAGUAUGUUGUUGUUAUGGCGGUUCAAAUAUCGAAAAUCAAAUUAGUGAGUUGAAGCGAGGUGUGAAUGUUAUUGUAGCAACUCCCGGUAGAUUGAUUGAUCUUUUAGCGGCCAACGGAGGACGAAUAACCACCUUACGACGUACGACUUUUGUCGUCUUGGACGAAGCAGACCGUAUGUUUGAUAUGGGAUUCGAACCUCAAAUUCAAAAGAUAUUUACUCAGAUCCGUCCAGAUAAGCAAACUGUGUUAUUUUCGGCAACAUUCCCACGCAAGCUCGAACAGUUGGCAAAGAAAGUGUUACACAAUCCAAUCGAGAUCAUUGUUGGUGGAGUAAGUGUUGUUGCUUCUGAGAUUUCUCAAGAAAUUAUAUUGUUUGAGGAUACGGACCAAUUGAUGAAUCACAAGAUACAGAAAUUGGAGGAUAUAUUGAGCAGGUUUUUCGACCUCGGAAAGAAUACUGGGAAAGUGCUUGUAUUUGUUGAGAAACAGACCGAUGCGGACAAGUUAGUUUCGGUGUUAUUGAAGAAGGCUAUUCCGUGUAUUGCAAUACAUGGAGGCAAGGAUCAAAUAGACCGAAAACAUGCAAUCCGUGAAUUUUCCGAUGACCAAAGUGGAAUUAACGUCUUGAUAGCAACCUCAAUUGCAGCGCGUGGGUUGGAUGUAAGAAACUUGGAUUUGGUUGUAAACUUUGAACCACCCUCGCAUUUGGAGGACUAUGUGCACAGGGUGGGAAGAACUGGUAGGGCUGGCAAACACGGAGAAGCAAUCACAUUUGUCGAUAAUACACAAGAGAAAGAAAUCAGUAUUUUAGUCAAAGCAUUGAAAAUGAGUUCUCGUGCCGUUGAUUCAAAGUUGCAAGAGAUUGCAGAUAAGUUUAUGAAAAAAAUAGAAUCCGGCGAAGAGAAGCGCAGUUCUGGUUUUGGUGGUAAAGGGUUGGAAAAGUUACAGAAUGUUAGAGAGACAAAUAUGCAAUUGCAGAAGAAAAUGUUUGGAAACUUUAAAAAAGAGGAUGGCAAAAAGAGCCACCGUGACCUUUCUGAGCAAGUUGAUUACUUUGGCUCAUCAUCGUCAUCAUCAUCUUUUCCUUCUUCUUCCAAUACUACUACCACUACCACCACCACCAGCACCGCCAGUGCAAUUGAGAUACCCACCUUUGAAAUCAUUGAAGGAAACUCACCAGAGACAUCAGGUCCAGAUAAAUGUAAAUUUUAUUGCAGAGUUACUAUCAAUGACUUGCCACAAAAAGUUAGAUGGGGGAUUGUUCAAAGAGAAUCAUUAUCCAAGAUCAUUGAGGCGAGCAAGACAUCCAUCACAACUAGAGGCCAAUUUUAUCCACCUCAAUCGAAGCAAACUCCUACAAAUGACCAACCCAAGUUGUAUUUGUUAAUUGAAGGUUUGACCAGGAAAGCCGUGGAAGAAGCGGCUGUGUUGAUUCGUGACAAAAUGCUUCAAGGAGUUGAGGCUAUGAGACUUGACAACCACUCCGCUCCUACAGGGAGGUAUGUAGUCUAG